AUGCAGUUCACUACUCUCAUCACUCUUCUCGCUUCCAGCGUUGCUGUCAAUGCCAUGCCCGGUGGUGGAGGCUGGGGCCACACUACCUCUUCUUGCAUCACGAAAUCUACCUGUUCAGCAACUACCUACCCAUGGACAUCCGUCUACACCAAGCCUGAGACGUACAUCUCGACUUGCGUGACCAGCUACCCUUCCACCAGCACUGGAUCUUCUCCAAGCACCUAUACCACUACCGAGGCCACGCCUUAUGUAGGAAAAUCCACUGCCACGUCCUAUAAGACUUCUGUCGGAUCCAGCCUCUACACCACUUCGACACAGGUCUGCUCCAACGUGCAAGUUGUUAAAACCAGGUACACCACCGUCACCAGCGCAGUCGUCACAGAGGUUCCAUACACCACCACCAAGUACAUCACUGAGACCAAGACUGUCAAUGUCCCCAAGACUGUUACUACCUAUGUCCCUACUACGGAGUACAAGACCCUUACCACCCAGAAGCCCUACACGACUGUCGGCUACAGCACCAAGAACACCUGCAAGCAGACUACUUCAUGGAGCACUUGGGGCUGGUAA